AUGAAGACUUGUAUCGUCCUGACAGUUCUUAUAGUCAUCAGCAGUGUGUUGCAAACGUGUAAUGGAAAUUGUGUUGAACGCGAAAGGGAAGAAUGUAAGACAAUAUACACCAGGGAAAUUGAAGAUGCUGGUGAAAAUAUAGUUGAACUAUGUCAAUCUAUAGACAGUUAUCAACACUGUGUUGAGAGAGCUCUAUGUACAGUACCAUAUGAUAUGGGUUCGGUUAUUAUUAAAGGCGAAGUCGCCUACAAAUGUGGAGCUGCGGGUAUUACAAUUAACGUAGCAGUGUUGCUGCUAACAGUUUUUGUGGCAUUAAAGAAUAUUACAUAA